UAUGAAAGUCAGGGUUUAGCGUGAGAUAUCUACCCGCAUGUGUAACCUUAAAGCCUUGUAUUAGCUCGGUGCGUAGCAAGUCAUUAAAACAAGUGGCUCGGAGGGAGAGUGAUCAGUGUGGCGGCGGUGACGGCCAGGAACGCGUCAAGGUUAGUGAGACAAUAUGAGGCUGUCUGUUCCCCUCCGGAUGGCGGUGGUGGGGGUCACGCUGGCAACCUUACUCCAGCCAGCCUUACUCCUGACAGUGCCCUUGACUCACGCCCGAAGAUUCAAGACAAAGAAGACCACUGAAGAGAAGACACAAUCCUACUGGAAAACUGUGGCUCAGAAUGAACUCAACUACGCCAUCCGGAUGACCCAUAACAACAACGUGGCCAGGAAUGUGAUCAUCUUCCUCGGGGACGGCAUGAGCAUCCCAACCAUCACGGCGGGGAGGAUCUACAAGGGACAGCAGGCCUCCAGGAGCGGCGAGGAGGGACAGCUUUUCUUCGAACAAUUUCCUCACGUCGGACUGUCAAAGACCUACAAUGUGGACAAGCAGGUCCCAGACAGCGCCAGCACAGCCACUGCUUACCUCUCCGGCGUCAAAACCAACUAUUAUACCGUGGGAGUGGACGCUUCGGCCACCUACCAAGACUGUAACAGCAUCACGGAGGAAAACAAAGUGUACUCCAUCGUUAAAUGGGCUCAGGACGCCGAAAAGAGGACAGGUGUGGUGACCUCAACGAGGGUAACUCACGCCACGCCAAGCGCCACCUACGCCCACGUCACCGACCGAGACUGGGAGUGUGACGGCAACAUUCCCGAGGAGUGCAAGGAGGUUGUCAAGGACAUUGCCAGACAACUGGUGGAGGACGAGCCCGGAGCCUCCAUAAACGUGGUGAUGGGCGGUGGCUACCAAUAUAUGGUCGCUAACGCCACAGGGACCGACAACGACCCCAUAGACGAAGACUGGGGUUGUUUGCGUGAGGACGGCAGGAACUUGGUCCAGGACUGGAUAGACAAGAAGACCCAGGCAGGUCUCAGACACAAAUUUGUCAGAACAAAAUCAGAACUGAAUCAAGUAUCGGGCAGUGAUGUGGAUUAUCUUCUGGGGAUCUACUCCAAUGGUCACGUGCCUUACGAACACGAAAAGAGAGAAAAAAACCUUGACAUUCCUACUCUUGCCGAGAUGACCAAGAAGGCGAUUGAAAUACUUCGUGAAGGAGAAAAUGGUUACUUCCUGCUGGUGGAGGGGGGGAGAAUCGACCAUGCACACCACGAUACCAUGGCUCAUCGCGCUCUGGACGAACUGGUGGCCAUGGACGAAGCCGUUCUGCAAGCAGCAAGUAUGACCAACGAAGCGGACACCCUUAUCCUCGUGACGGCCGACCACUCUCACACGAUGUCCUUCAGUGGGUACCCAGCACGUGGACAGGAAAUUGUUGGUUUGGCUGGGUAUGAUGAUGACGGGUAUGCCUACACUACUCUCAUGUAUGCUAACGGGCCAGGCUACAAUGCUACACGCAUCAACAUCACUGAGGAGGACACCAGGGAAUGGGAGUACACCCAGCUGGCCACUGUUCCCAGAGACUCCGAGACUCAUGGUGGGGACGAUGUAUCCAUCUAUGCUAGAGGUCCUAUGGCACAUCUCUUCCAUGGGCUUCAUGAGCAGAACUACAUCCCGCACGUCAUGGCUUACUCUGCCUGUAUUGGUGAUUACGAGCAUGAUUGUCGAUCUGCAGCAGAGAGAGCCGUACCCGCUGUCACCCUAAUAGUCUUUGCAGUCAUUAUGCGAAUACUGUCUUGAUACACCUAAUUCCCCUAUUAAUCACAAUAUGUUUUACUGGACUGGGUUACUUUGCAGUGAAGCACCUCUAGCAUACUUAUACUUGAUGUAAUUACUAAGCCUUGAGUGCCAAACCUAACAAAUUAGCAUCAGAUAGCUUUGGAUGCCUUCAUAGCAGAUGCUAGAAAACAUUAUCUCUGUGAUUUUAGGGUAACUGGAGCGAAUCAGUGAUUACCAAAUAAUAUUAUGAAUUAAGACACAUCCAUAUCAACCAAACUACUAAGCAACAUGUUCUUCACAGAAAAGAAUCUUACUGGUACAUAUGUUUGCAAAUCACUCGUAAGCAUAGCAUGAAAUUAUCUACUAUGUAUUUCAAGGCCUGUGACAUAUCGUUUUAUUGCAGUAAUGUCUGAACUAGGUUGCUGAUUGACAUGGCAUCAAAACACAUUAUGUUUCAGACACCGACAUAAUUAGGAAAAAUAUAACCAAGUAUCUACUCCGCUUCAUUAGGGUAGUUGUCUUUGAGUCAUCAUAAAGGCAAAUGGCAACUGGGGCACUGGGAGCGGGCUGAGGUGUGUCUGCCAUGACGUAUGUCUGUGACGUGUACUCUUGCCACGCCCACCAAUCAUUGACUACUAAAUAAUGCAAAAUGUGUACUGAAAUAUAUUGCUCUGUGAUGGAGUUUAAGGAUACUGAACUGUGCUUGUGUAGGAAUUAAUUCAUAUUCGACCUCAUGAUAGAGAAAAUGUUGGUCUUGUUUAUAUUUUCUACCUGUGGUCAUGAAAAUGUUGGUCUUGUUUAUAUUUUCUACCUGUGGUCAUAUCACUCUGUUAUUGUAACAAUGCUCAGCUACUAUGUGCAACGAUUAAUGUAUAGUGCAAUAAUUGUUCUUAAUAAAUUAUGAGCAUCCCA